GCUACUGUGACACGCCUCUCGAGUGAUGGCUUACAGCCCUCCUGUCUGGAUAGACCGGUUCAAGACCCACGUUUUUUUAAGGCUUUGUCUCUGUAAGUGAAAACUGAUCAUGUGUUCCGUAACGCUCUCCUUUUGAUAAGGAAAUCGCAUCCGAUAUGGCUGUGUUUCGCACGCAGCCUGUCUGAACGUCAGUAUAAGAAGAGUUAGACGAAACAGUGGAAGAGAGUCGAGACGCACGGUCUUUACGAGUGUGCUACGGACGGGAGCACCACAGCUAGUCAUGGCAGGCAGGAACGUGCUGAUUGUGUACGCCCACCAGAGCCCCGCCUCCUUCAAUGCUGCGGCGCGGGAUGUGGCGGUGGAGGUGCUGGAGCAGCAGGGCUGCCGCGUGGUCAUCUCUGACCUCUACGCCAUGAACUUCAGUCCCUCUGCAACCGUGCGGGACAUCACUGGUCAGCUGAGGAACCCAGAGCACUUCUGCUAUGGUGACGAAUCCAUGUGGGCAUGGGAGGAGGGGCGGCUGAGCGAUGACAUCAAAGAGGAGCAUCGCAAAGUGGAGGAGGCCGAGCUCAUCAUUUUCCAGUUCCCCAUGUAUUGGUUCAGUGUACCCGCUAUCCUGAAGGGCUGGCUGGACAGAGUGCUGACUCAAGGUUUUGCCUUUUCUUUGGUGAAGAUGUACAACAAUGGCAUAUUUAAGGAUAAGAAAGCGAUACUGUCAUUCAGCACAGGAGCACCAGAGUCAAUGUUCCUUCCAGAUGGAAUAAAUGGGGACAUGAAUGUCACACUGUGGCCCUUACAGAAUGGUGUGCUGCACUUCUGUGGGUUCCAGGUCUUGGCCCCUCAGAUUUUCUGGGCACCAACCUUCUGCCCCCCCCAGGUACGGAAGGCCAUGCUGGAGGGGUGGCGGGCGAGGCUGGGGGGCCUCUGGGAGGAGGCGCCUCUCACUUUCGCCCCCUCUGAGUUGUUUGACCUGAGCUUCACAGGGGGGUAUCGACUCUGGCCUCACCUGAAGGAGGAACGCAGCGGGGAACCUUACGGCAUUACCACGGGACACCAUCUGGGGAAACCCCUCCCCCCCAACAACCAGAUCAAGGUCACACCCCAAGAUGACCAGACCAGAGCCACGCCCCCAGAUGACCAUGCUCACCCAAAGAACUGACAGUUGAAUGGCAAAAAAAGCAUUUUUUAUAAUGUAAAAUGCUAUUCUUAGGUUGCAAUUGUAUCACAGAUCAAUCAAUCUACUCAGAUUACAAAUUAAUCAUCAUUUUUAAGUUAGCACAUACACACACACACACACACACACACACACACACACGCACAUGCACAUGUAUGCACAUAUACACACACACUGGCCUUUUUGUGAAAUUCUAAUGUACAUCUUAGUUACACCAUUUAUUAUAUAUGUUAUUGUUUAGCGAAUGUUUUUUUCCGGGCUAAAUUGCUAAAUUGGUUUAUUGGUAUUGAGACUUCGGCAAACAUAUAGAGAUGCAGUCAGAGCAAAGUAUUCAUUCAGCUGUAGUUCCAGUGUCCUCAUCAUAUCUGUAAUUACAGUCCUGUCACCAUGCAAAAACACAUGCAUAUGCACACACAUCCACAUACAUAGUACAUACACCCACAUACAUAUACCUAGUUUUGCUAAUUAUUUAUUCAAAUUUUUGGUUGUGAAAUGAUGUACACAUUAUUCAUUCUGAGAGUUUGGUGGUAUUUCUCAGACUACAGGUGGACAUUAUGUCUCUGUACACUUCAACUGCCAUUCUGUUCCUUGGUAUUUUUUAAAUGCUGAAAUCAAUAACUUUUUAUGUAUCUUGGAAAAUUGGUUGUUUUUCCUCUGUACUAAUCAUAUUUGCAUUUCAAAUCAAACAAUGACUAUGAGGCAAAAUUCAAAA